AUGGAAUUCUAUGGAAAGAGAACCCCCUGGAGUAUCAUUGAUGAAGAAGAAAGGAGCCUACAAUCUCCCACCCGACUCUCCUUCAAAACCAAUCAACAAGUCUUUGAAUGUGACCCCCAACUGAGCCCCACAAGGCUCUCUUCAGAGUCCAUAAUCUCUCUUUUGCCUUCAUUCCCAAGCUCUCCAUGGACACUCUCCCCUCUCCACCCACCACCCACUCCUUCUCUCCUCUACCAAUGCCUCACCUCCCUCCACCGCCACGAUGGAAACAUCUUCUCCAUUGCAAUCUCCAAAGGCCUUGUCUUCACAGGCUCCGAAAGCAACUGCGUCCGCAUCUGGAAGCAAUCAGAGUGCAUCGAGCGUGAUCGCAUUAAAACGAAUUCAAGCCACAUCCGGGCUAUCUUAGCCUACAAUAACACUAUCUUCACUGCCCACAAGGAUCGCCGUAUCCGCGUAUGGACUAUUUCUAUCUCCCCCAAUCACUUCCGAUCCAAGAAAAUCGCCACUCUACCUAGAAGCAAGUCUUUCCUAUCAUUUCCAAGGGUGCAAUCCCAACAACACAAGAACAUCAUCUCAUGCCUUGCCUACUACCAUGCGGAAGGAAUACUCUACACUGGUUCUUGGGACAAAACAGUCAAAACGUGGAGCUUGUCUAACAAGAAAUGCGUAGACUCCUUCGUGGCACACGACGACUGCGUUAACGCCAUCGUCGUUAAUCAAAUUGACGGUUGCAUGUUCACCUCCUCCUCAGAUGGAUCAAUCAAGAUAUGGAGGAGAGUGUAUGGAGAGAGUUCACACACACUUACAAUGACACUAGGGUUCCAAACUUCUCCUGUCAAUGCCUUAGCCAUGAGCAAUUCACAAAAUUCCAGCUUUCUCUACUCAGGUUCCUCAGACGGGCUCGUUAAUUACUGGGAAAAGGAGGCUAUGUCAGGCCGAUAUAAACACAGAGGAUUUCUUCAAGGCCACCGCUUCGCGGUUCUGUGCCUAGUGUCCAUUGAGAGAUUGGUGUUCAGCGGUUCGGAGGACACAACGAUACGAGUCUGGAGAAGAGAGGAAGGGAGCGGAUUCCACACAUGCCUUACUGUCAUUGAAGGCCACCGUGGGCCUGUGAAAUGCAUGGCAGCUUGCAUUGAGAUGGAGAAGAUGGUGAUGGGGUUCUUGGUGUAUAGUGCGAGCUUGGAUAGAACAGUCAAGGUGUGGCGGAUCAAGGUCUUUGUAGGUGAGAAAAGGGUAGUUGUAGGGGAAGGUGAGAAGAAGAUGGAACAUGAGAUUAGUCCUGUGCUGUCACCUUCAUGGGUAAAGAAGAAGCUACAAGGAUUUCACUAAGAGCAGGAAAUAAAACCAUUAGGGCCUGUGUUUUAGCUCUUACACUAAUGAAUUUUAGUUUGAGAUUUGAUUACUAGUACGUUUGGAUGCAUAAAUGAAUUGAAUUCCUAAUACUCCUUUAGUCAAGAUGGAAAACUUAAA